AUGUCCGUAUGGAACGUGAUGCAGAACGCGCCGUUGGAUCUGAGCAGACGCGGGAACGCGUGGAAGAGCGGCGCGUUUCAACGGCGUCUGCCCUGUCAGGUCUGCGGCAAAAGCUUCGACAGGCCGUCCCUGCUGAAGAGACACCUGCGAACACACACCGGGGAGAAACCACACGGCUGCACGGUGUGCGGCAAGAUGUUUAGCACCAGCAGUUCGUUGAAUACUCACAUUAGGAUUCAUACCGGCGAGCGUCCUCAUGAAUGCCCGAUGUGCGGAAAGCGCUUCACCGCUUCGUCGAAUUUGUAUUACCAUCGCAUGACUCACUAUAAGGAAAAACCGCACAAGUGCGACGAAUGCGGACGUUCCUUUCCGACUCCCGGUGAUCUGAGAGCCCACGGAUACUCGCACACUGGCAAUUGGCCGUUACGCUGCCCUGUCUGCAACAGAGGAUUCUGCAAGCUCGGCGCUCUGCAUCAUCACAUGAAAUCGCACGGUGAUUAUUCGUAUCGUUGCGACGUUUACAACCAAAAGCUUCCCGUCAACCUGCGCAUCCACGAGCGUCUGCACAACUCUCACGUGUCGAACAACGGCACGGGAAGCUGCACGAGCAUAGACAGCGGUAUCUCGAGUGUAGAGAUUAUCAGGUUCGAAGGUCUCGAUAAUAAUUAUAUGCACUUACCCAGCGUGUACCCGUGGCCCUCGUGGAUGUCGUUGCAGUUCAAAAAUUAA